AUGCAGCUCAAGUCUCUCUUCUUCCUCGCCCUCGCCGCCCUCUCCGCGGCCGAGCUCGACGAGCGCGCGCCCACAAAGGCCGAGUGCUGCUGCUGCUACGGCGGGCCCUCGGUCGGCUGCGCCGCCGACCUCGACUGCUCCGACAUCACCACCAGCGUCUGCUUCGACACGCUAUGCCCCUUCAGAUAG